AUGCCAAGACCGGAUUUCAAUGAAGAGGAAGUUGACAACACCAAUACACUAAUCUGUGAAGAAUUGCGUUACAAUAGGUGCUCUUUGUCUAAGGAAUAUGAAGAAUUAUUGGUUAAAUUGACAAUGGAGCAAAAGUUAGUUUAUGACAGAAUUAUCAAAGCAGUGCAUGAGGACAAAGGUGGAUUCUUCUUCUUAUAUGGUCAUGGAGGAACCGGGAAGACAUUUAUUUGGAAAACUUUGUCUUUUGCCAUAAGAUGUAGAGGAGAUAUUGUGUUAACAGUUGCGUCCAGUGGAAUAGCAUCUCUUUUGUUAGCAGGAGGUCGAACAGCUCAUUCGAGAUUUGCAAUCCCACUCAAUGCAACUGAAGAUUCAACAUGUAAUAUCAAACAAGGUACUCCUUUAUCAAAAUUGAUUGUCAAGACAAAGUUAAUUAUAUGGGAUGAAGCACCAAUGAUGCAUAGAUAUUGUUUUGAAGCUCUAGACAGAACUCUAAGAGAUAUUCUUAGAUUUAAAGAUGCAUCCAAUUUAGAUCGACCAUUUGGAGGGAAAACGGUUGUUCUUGGUGGAGACUUUAGACAAAUACUUCCAGUCAUUCCAAAAGGUACUAGCCAAGAUAUUUAG